UCCUGAGCUCGCGGGGUGCUCCCCGUGUGCCCGCCGGCCCUCCCCGCAGCGUGACCGGGCGCCGUGGCCGCGGGGAGGGGGUCCGCUUCGUCGCCGACGGCGGGAGGCCUCUUCUCCGCGCAGACCGUCUCCCCCUCCUCCCCUGCCGGUCUUCCGCGCCGCGCUCCCUUGUUCGUUCUUGCCCUGCCCGGCUGCACGCCGCCGCCGCAGGCGCCGACGAGCGGAGCGCGAACGCCCCAGCUCCCGGUGCGGCCCGGAGCCCCGCCGCGGCCGCUCCGUCCCCACAGUCCGAGCCGCGACGCUCGGCGGUGGCGCCUCGAGCCCGAGCGACCCGCGGCCGCCGGCGCUGGCCGAGGGCGAUGGGGCUGGGCUGAGGACAGGCGGCGGCGGCGGCGGCGGCGGGGAAAGCGGCCGCCCGGCCCCCUGCGGCCUUUUGGCUGCCCGGGCCGGGAGGCCGCCGAGGAGUCAGCACGGCGGCGCGGCUGGACUGACAGAAGCGUCCUAGGAUCUUGGGUGUCUGGACAUAAGAGUUAUCUUCACCUGUUGUGUGAAGCACAGCACCUAUCAAGCCUGUAGAAAUGGACAAAGAAGAAAGGAAGACUAUCAAUAAGGGUCAAGAAGAUGAAAUGGAGAUACAUGGCUAUAACUUAUGCCACUGGAAGCUUGCCAUGGUUUCCAUAGGAGUGAUUUGUACUGGUGGUUUUCUCCUCCUCCUCCUCUAUUGGAUGCCUGAGUGGCGAGUGAAAGCCACAUGCGUUAGAGCUGCAGUUAAAGACUGUGAAGUGGUGCUGCUCAGGACUACUGAUGAAUUUAGAAUGUGGUUUUGUGCAAAAAUUCGCUUUCUUCCUCUGGAAAAUCAACCAAAUUUUAAUGCAAAAUCUGUAGUUAAUAAUGUUUCUAAUGGCCAUGCUGUUCAUUUAACUGAGAAUCUGACUGAAGAAAAUAGAUGCGAGAUGAAUAAAUACUCACAGACUCAGUCCCAACAGAUGCGUUAUUUCACCCACCAUAGCAUAAAAUAUUUCUGGAAUGAUACCAUUCACAAUUUUGAUUUCUUAAAGGGACUGGAUGAAGGUGUUUCUUGUACAUCAAUUUAUGAAAAGCAUAGUGCAGGACUGACAAAAGGGAUGCAUGCCUACAGAAAGUUGAUUUAUGGAGUAAAUGAAAUUGCUGUGAAAGUGCCUUCUGUUUUUAAGCUUCUAAUUAAAGAGGUUCUCAACCCAUUUUACAUUUUCCAGCUGUUCAGUGUUAUCCUGUGGAGCAUUGAUGAAUACUAUUAUUAUGCUCUAGCCAUUGUGAUCAUGUCCAUAGUAUCCAUUAUAAGCUCACUAUAUUCCAUUAGGAAGCAAUAUGUUAUGUUACAUGAUAUGGUGGCAACUCACAGUACCGUGAGAGUUUCAGUUUGUAGAGUAAAUGAAGAAAUAGAAGAAAUCUUUUCUACAGACCUUGUGCCUGGAGAUGUCAUGAUCAUUCCAUUAAAUGGGACAGUCAUGCCUUGUGAUGCAGUGCUUAUUAAUGGUACUUGCAUUGUAAAUGAAAGCAUGCUAACAGGGGAAAGUGUUCCAGUGACAAAGACUAACUUGCCAAAUCCUUCAGUGGAUGUAAAAGGAACGGGGGAGGAGUUGUACAGUCCAGAGACACACAAGAGACACACUCUGUUUUGUGGGACAACUGUUAUUCAGACCCGUUUUUACACUGGAGAACUUGUAAAAGCCAUAGUAGUUAGAACAGGAUUUAGUACUUCCAAAGGACAGCUUGUUCGUUCUAUACUGUAUCCCAAGCCAACUGAUUUUAAACUCUAUAGAGAUGCCUACUUGUUUCUGCUGUGUCUUGUGGUGGUGGCUGGCAUUGGGUUUAUCUAUACAAUCAUCAAUAGCAUUUUAAAUAAGAAAGAAGUUCAGGAAAUAAUUAUUAAGUCUCUUGAUAUCAUUACAAUUACUGUGCCACCUGCACUACCUGCUGCAAUGACCGCUGGAAUUGUAUAUGCUCAGAGAAGACUGAAAAAAGUUGGGAUUUUCUGUAUCAGUCCCCAAAGGAUAAAUAUCUGUGGACAGCUGAAUCUUGUUUGUUUUGAUAAGACUGGAACGCUUACCGAAGAUGGUUUAGAUCUCUGGGGAAUUCAGCGAGUGGAAAAUACCCGAUUUCUUUUACCAGAAGACAAUGUUUGCAGUGAGAUAUUGGUAAAAUCUCAAUUUGUUGCUUGCAUGGCUACUUGUCAUUCACUUACAAAAAUUGAAGGUGUUCUUUCUGGUGACCCACUUGAUUUGAAAAUGUUUGAAGCUAUUGGAUGGAUUUUGGAAGAAGCAACUGAGGAAGAAACAGCACUUCAUAACCGAAUUAUGCCCACUGUGGUUCGUCCUUCCAAACAGCUGUUUCCGGAAUCUACAGCUGUAGGAAACCAAGAAAUGGAGCUGUUUGAACUUCCAGCUGUUUAUGAGAUAGGAAUUGUUCGACAAUUCCCAUUUUCUUCUGCUUUACAACGAAUGAGUGUGGUUGCAAGGAUACUAGGUGACAAGAAAAUGGAUGCCUACAUGAAAGGAGCCCCCGAGGUUAUUGCCAGUCUUUGUAAACCUGAAACAGUUCCAAUUGAUUUUGAGAAAGUUUUAGAAGAUUAUACCAAACAAGGCUUCCGUGUGAUUGCUCUUGCACACAGAAAAUUGGAGUCAAAACUGACGUGGCAUAAAGUACAACAUAUUAGCAGAGAUGCCAUUGAAAACAACAUGGAUUUUAUGGGAUUGAUUAUAAUGCAGAACAAAUUAAAACAGGAAACCCCUGCAGUACUUGAAGAUUUGCAUAAAGCCAACAUCCGAACUGUCAUGGUCACAGGUGACAACAUGUUGACGGCUGUCUCUGUGGCCAGAGACUGUGGAAUGAUUCUACCUCAGGAUAAAGUUAUUAUUGCUGAAGCAUUACCUCCAAAGGAUGGGAAAGUUGCCAAGAUCAAUUGGCAUUAUGCAGACUCCCUAACACAGUGUAAUGAAUCAUCAGCAAUUGACUCAGAGGCUAUUCCAAUUAAACUUGCCCAUGAUAGUUUAGAGGAUCUUCCGUCAACUCGCUAUCAUUUUGCAAUGAAUGGAAAGUCAUUUUCAGUGAUACUCGAACAUUUUCAAGAUCUUGUUCCUAAGUUGAUGUUACAUGGCACCGUGUUUGCUCGAAUGGCACCAGAUCAGAAGACACAAUUGGUAGAAGCAUUGCAAAAUGUAGAUUACUUUGUUGGGAUGUGCGGUGAUGGUGCAAAUGAUUGUGGUGCUUUGAAGAGGGCACAUGGUGGCAUUUCCUUGUCUGAGCUUGAAGCUUCUGUGGCAUCUCCUUUUACUUCUAAGACACCUAGUAUUUCCUGUGUGCCGAACCUCAUCAGGGAGGGCCGUGCUGCUUUAAUGACAUCUUUCUGUGUGUUUAAAUUUAUGGCAUUAUACAGCAUCAUACAAUACUUCAGUGUUACUCUCCUGUAUUCUAUCUUGAGUAACCUGGGAGACUUUCAGUUUCUCUUCAUUGAUCUGGCAAUCAUUUUGGUAGUGGUAUUUACAAUGAGUUUGAAUCCUGCCUGGAAAGAACUUGUGGCACAGAGACCACCUUCAGGCCUUAUAUCUGGGGCACUCCUCUUCUCCGUCUUGUCUCAGAUUGUCAUCUCUGUUGGAUUUCAGUCGCUGGGCUUUUUCUGGGUCAAGCAGUAUAAAGUGUGUGAUCCAUAUUCAGAUGUUUGUAAUACAACAAGAAGCGGGUGUUGGAACUCAUCGCAUUUGUACAACGGAACUGAACUCGAUGCGUGUACAAUACAAAAUUAUGAAAAUACCACAGUAUUUUUUAUCUCCAGUUUUCAGUACCUCACAGUGGCAGUUGCCUUUUCAAAAGGAAAACCAUUCAGGCAGCCUUGCUACAAGAAUUAUUUUUUUGUUAUAUCUGUGAUUAUUUUGUAUGUUUUCAUACUAUUCAUCAUGUUGCAUCCAGUUGCCUCUGUUGACCAGGUUCUUGAGAUUGUAUGUGUACCAUACCAGUGGCGUAUACAUAUGCUUAUCAUUGUUCUUAUCAAUGCCUUCGUGUCUAUCACGGUUGAGAGCUUCUUCCUUGACACGGUCCUUUGGAAGGUUGUGUUCAGUCGAGACAAACAAGGAGAGUAUCGUUUCACCACCACACAGCCACCGCAGGAGUCAGUGGAUCGGUGGGGAAAAUGUUGCUUGUCCUGGGCCUUGAGCUGCAGAAAGAAGACACCAAAAGCAAAAUACAUGUACCUGGCGCAGGAGCUCCGAGAUGACCCUGAAUGGCCACCUAAGCCUCAGACCACGACGGAAGCCAAAGCUGUAGUAAAGGAGAAUGGAUCAUGUCAGAUCAGCACCAUAGCAUAGCAGAGACUGUCUCUGCUGUUCGAGUUACAGUAUUCAGGAGGAUGUGAUGCUAGGUGUCAGAAUGGCUCUGUUUCAGUUUAUAUCCCUCUCAUAAGACAGUAGUUGAUUAAAAAAACAAAACCAGUAAAACGGCAUUUGCCUCACAGUUAUUAACUAUCAGUCUGGCUAGAUCUUCAUGCAGUAACCUAAAUAUGAUAUACACUUUAUAUUGGGUAUGAGAGAGCUGUUAGGUUUUUUAAAUUUUUAGCUUUUGACACUAGUCUGCCUCUUUAAAUUUAAUUUUCACAAACCCUUUAUUAGCUAGUUCCUUUUAUAUAUAGACCCUAAAUUGGGACUGUUAAAAAUUUAUGGUUGUUAAUUGUGAUUAGCCUUCAGUGAAAAUAGGUUGGAAGUCUGUUUUGAUUCCAGUGUUUCUCCCAAAGAAUUCUAUGUUAAACAUAUACCAGUUUCUGAAGGAGUGAGUCUGUGUGUUAUUGUUGGUAGAGCAUCUCAGGUAACUUCCAUUUCUGGUUUUAUAUUCUGUGUGUAGACUGCCUGGUGUCACUUUCUAGCCAGCAAGGUGCUUCACUGCUGUCUUGAUAGCUUUUGUAACAUUUGUGGGUCUCAUGCCGUGUCUGACAUCAACAGCCCAGUUGGCCUCAUUAAAAACGUUCUUUUUCACUAGAAAAGAUUUAUUUCUGAGUCAGGCAUGGUGGUACAGGCCUGUACUCCUGCACAGGAGGCUGAGGCAGGAGGAGUGUCCUUAGUCCAGGGAUAGCCUAGAGUAGCUAGUAAAGCCCUGUCUCAAAAUACAUGCAUGCAGAGAGAGAUGAUCCUUUCCCUUGGUGGUAGACCUCGCAUCUCUUCAUACCCGCUGUUUGUUUUUCUUUCAUGAUUUAUAUCAUUUUAAAUGCUCGCUCUCUCUUUUUUUAACCUAAAGGAAUAGGAUAAAUUUGUUGUUUGGUUUGGUUGUUGUUGUUGUUGGUUUGGUUUUUGAGUUAGAGCUUAACCUUGGUAUGUGGUAUGGCUCUCCUUUGGAUAAUGAGGCUUAAAGGAAUAGUCAAUACUGAGUUUGGCUUUUACAAAGCAAUGUGAACUUGAGUAGAGCUUGUUUUAUGCCAUUAGGUGGCACCAGAGGUCAGCACAUACCUGUUUUGUUACAAGUGAGCUUGAGAAAAUAAAGUAUACACAUUUAUUGAGCCAAAAGAAAUGUAGAAAGCAUUUUUCACGCUUGUGUUUUAUCUGAUUAAUGUUCAGUUCUCAAGGAACUUCCACAAUGCCUUCCUAGGUAGGACUUGGGAGUUUGGCAGUGCCCACAGUUAUGAACUUGGGGAGCUGGCAUUGCUAUAAAAAUGGACCCCGAAUUAGUGAAGCAGUGUGAGGUUAUUCUAUGUUCUUUCUUAGCUAUUACGUUUUCCAGUAGUAGUGCUCAUACUGUCCCAGUACAUACUUACCAGUUUACCAGAUGUUACCCAGAUUUCUGGAACCAUUUUUCUUUCUUUCUUUCUUUCUUUUUUUUUUUUAUGUUUGCAGAGACCUGAAUGAUGUUUGAUAAUUGCAGAAAAAAAAUGUAAAUUAUUCUCAGGAUCACUGUUACUGCUAUUGCCACUAGUGAUUCUUAAAAAACACAUAAUCGAAUUUUUCCAACAAAAUGUAUGAUACUACUAUAUGUUAGAUGAUAAGAACAAUUGUCCCAUGAAUGAUUCUAUGAAGCUAUGCAUCUUAGACCUCUUGAGCUGUGAAUUAGCACUAUUUUCUAUAAUUACUUAUUCUCUGUUGUUUUAUAUUGUCCAUAUUCAUUUCAAAUAAUGUUCAUAUUAUUCUUAGUGAUUUUUCUGAAUUGUUAAGUCUUAUUUUUUUUUUUUUUGGUUUAAAUGCAGAAGCAUAUAAUUAAUUUCUAGCUGCAGCUUAGAAACCCAAUAUCAAUUGUAUUUAACACCCUCAAGAGAAUGGUCAUAAAAGGCUAUUUUUGACACAUACCCUUUUUAAUAUUUAGAGUUGAUAAGGGUUUAUAUUUCAUCUGUCCAUGUUGUUCACAAAGGAAACAAGGUUUUAUGUAGGUGAGAGAAAGCAUUCGUAGGAAGUUAGAUUUGAACAUAGACAGGGUAGGUUGUUCCAGUGAGAAUAUUGUUUGCGGAAUGUCUGUGAGUUCAGACGUGGGUCCUGCUUAGUACCGUAGGUAGACGGAGUCUUCUGUAGGUCACCGUCACAUAGAGAUUUGGGUCCUGGAUUUUACAUUAAAUUAUUUGAGUACAUACAGACCUAAAUUUUAAAAUCUGUACAUAUAUUAUUUUGAUGUAUUAAGAUUGAUAAUAUUGCUGAUUUAAAUUUUAUUUAUGCACAUACUUAAAGGACAGAAAUGUCCAGGAAAGUAAUUGUUAAAUAAUGAUAUGUAACUUUUUAACUUUUUAAAUAAAUAAGAUUUUUUAAUGUGGGUCUCCCUCAGGGUUGUUUAAAGUUGUUUUCCUCCAUCAAAUAUAAACAAAUAGUGGUAACUGUUUUCUAUCUUCUAGCACCAACUGCUGUAUAGCAGUGCUGCAAAUAGUGCGUGAGUGAGAGUGGAAACCAACAAUGAACCAGUGCUUUUAUAAGUUUUAUAAGCCCGAGCUCUGGAAGAUUUCCAAAUUGCACUUGCAUUUAAGUAAACCUGUUACUGUUUUUACACUAUUUAUUUUGUUUCCCAUGUUGAUGAAAGUUCUGCACAGUUUCAAAGGCAUGGUAAAUAAUGUGUCAUAUAUAUAGAUGUGUAUUAUAUAUAUUAUAUAUGGCAUAUGAUAUAUAAUAUAUAAUACACAUAUGUAAAACCUGUUCCAAAAGCAGCAAAAGCUCAUGCAAUGAGGAGCAACAUCUAAUUUUAUGCAUGCAGAUUUGAUGUGUCUAAGAAAAGGGUUUUGUAUAUUUAUGGUGGGAGGUUACUGGGAACUUUUAACGAGAUAGGGUAUUAACUUUUGUACAGUCUGGACAUUUACAUGUAUUUUUAAUGUAUUACAAUUUGGUAAUUAUGUGCACAUGAAAUUAAUAAAAGUUACUUCCUGUUAUGAUUUGUGAACUCCCUAAGACCGUGAAUUUUUUAAGUAACUUUAUAUAUCAGAAUGAUACCACAUCUUUAUAUUUUUAAAAUUGUAUUGCUGCUCAAGAAUGGUACCCUGAUGUCAGAAAGGUAGAUAUUCACAAUUGUACAUUCAGCAUUGUAAAUAACCUUAAGAAAUCUUUUUGAUUGAAGCUAUUCAAAAUAAAAAUUUUAAUAAAUUAAA